AUGAACCAGAUUUUACCGGGAUUGUACGUCGGCAGUUUGUUUGAUGCCCUUUGCGAAUCGAAGCUUGAAAAAUACGAGAUAACUCACAUAGUAAGCGUACACGAUGGUGCCCGAAAGUUCUCGACGCAGCGGCCUCAGCUGGUCAUCAAGGUGUCGGACACUCACAACGAGGACAUGGUCAAGCUUAUUCCGGUGGUAAAUGAUUUCGUACAUCAAGCCAGGUGUAAUGGAGGUUCCGUAUUGAUACACUGCCUUCUGGGCAUCAGUCGAAGCGUCACCCUCGUCGUCGCUUACAUCAUGACGGUCACCAGUUUCGGCUGGCGUCACUCACUGAACAUCGUUCGUAGCGCACGUCACAAGGCGAACCCAAACAUCGGGUUCAAGAAGCAGCUUCAGCUGUUCGAAAAUGCGAUGCUCGAAAACGAACGGACGAGACUGAAACAAAAGUUUGCUGAGCAGAGUUUGUUAAUCGAUGACGAACGCCAUUGCCGACGUUUGUUGGACUCCUACCAUCGCUGGAUCCAGUUCGGCGAUCGCUUGUGCGAUGAGCAGGAGGCGAUUUUCGUUCAGAAGCUAGCCGACGCUGCGGAGGUUCCCGUCUGA